CUCUUUCCUCAAACUCCCAUACUCUACCCCAAGACUGUCUUUCUGUGAUUAUCUGGAUACAGCUUCUGAAUUUUAUGGAUACAGCCACGUAAAAAGAGUCCAAGGCUAGGACUAGGCUGAGGCUAGAGGGCCCCUAGAGUGCAAAAUUUCAGGACUUCAGGGGUUUGUCAUGCAAGUAAAUUCUGCUACCUAGGUGCCUUCUUGCUUCACCUUUAGUCCUUACCUUGAUAGAGUGACUGGUGACCUCUGGGUCUCCAUUCCAAAUUGGCAAGGGGGGAACAUCCCUGGCACACGUUGAAUCAGGUAUCCAGUCCUGAUACAGUCAGCAACAGCCCCCGGGGUGGAGGUCACAUGGUAUAAACAUAGCUGUUGAGUGUCCAUCUCUGGGCUUUAGGGAGCGAUUCUCAGAUAAAGAGGGACCAUGACUUGGGAAGAGACUCUAAUAUUUUAUAUUACAGAAGCACUAUAUAAGUAAAGUACUUUAAUUACCUUUUUGGUGCUAUUUUUUCCUGCCCCUGUUAUGAAUUUCAUAACUCUGAAGCAUGUACAUUGUAUAAUUUACGAUAUGAGUAUCAAUAGGAUUCCUGAAGUUUUAACACAUAGUUGCUGCCCUUGAAGAAUUUGCAGUCCACCUGGAAGAAUAAGACCAGAUGCGGGAUGCACGCAGGAAUGCAGGAGAGUAGUUAUGUUAAUUAAUGCAAAUUAAUUCAACUUGAAAAUAAAAUCUGUAUUGAGCCAAUAAAUUUUAUAGAAGUUUUGAGAAAGAAGAAGAAUUUGUGGAAUAGGGCACGCAAGUACCCCUUCUUAAUGAUCUCUUUUUGGGAAGAAGGAAACAGCAGAUACAGAGAGUUAUAGGAAGGACCAGAUCAGAAAAUACCAAGGGAGCAAUGAAAUGUCACAUGGGACAUGGGGUGUUCUUAUUCAUAUUACAGGUCCCAUUUCCCUGAUACAUAUGAAAGACCCAGGAAGUUUGAAUUGAUGCCACCUUCUUCUGCCAAGAACUGUGCUGGGCAGGAAAUACCACUUGGUCCCUUUGCCGGUUGCCAAUGCUCCAGCUGACAGCCACCCCGGCAAGUGCCCUCGCGGAUGAGCCCGUGCACAUCCGAGUGACAGGCCUGCCCCCACUGCAGACGGUAACCCUCAUGGCAUCUGUGAAGGAUGAGAAGGGGAAUCUGUACCAGUCCAGAGCCUUCUACAGGGCCAGCAAGGCUGGUGAGCUGGACCUGAAGCAGGCUCCUGCCUUGGGAGGCCACUACGUGGGGGUCCACCCGAUGGGCCUCUUCUGGUCUCUGAAGCCUGAGAAGGCUUUUGAGAGGCUGAUUAAGAAAGAUGUGAUGAACAGCCCCUUUUGGAUCACUCUGGAUCUGUAUGACUCCGUUUAUUUACAAAAGUCAGGGGAGGUUCAGCCCAGGGCCAGCCAGGUGGUGCAGCGUUGGUUCUCCAGCCCUGAGAUGCAGCGGGUGCAGAUCCGAGAAGGUCGUGUGCGAGGAGCCCUUUUCCUCCCUCCAGGGGAAGGCCCUUUCCCAGGACUCAUUGAUUUGUUUGGGGGCAUCGGGGGUCUAGUUGAAUAUCGGGCCAGUCUUCUGGCUGCCCAUGGCUUUGCAGUGCUGGCUUUAGCAUAUUUUGCCUACGCAGACCUGCCCAAGCAGUUGCAGGAGGUGGACCUGGAAUAUUUUGAGGAAGCUGCCAACUUGCUACUAGCUCAUCCCAAGAUCCAAAAGCCAGGAAUUGGAGUGAUCUCUGUGAGCAAAGGUGCAGAGAUCGGGCUGGCCAUGGCCUGCUACCUGAAGGAGGUGGCAGCCACCGUCUGCAUCAAUGGGUGCAAUGCCAUCUUUGAAUUUCCGCUCCGGUACCGGGAUCUGCUUAUAACACCCAUUCCCUCGCUUCCGGAGCGCAUGGAGUUCAACAUCAUGGGCGCGUUGUGCCUCCGUCACUACAAGGGGAACCCCCGAGAUGAACUCAAUCAACACAGUGUGCUUCCUAUUGAAAAGGCCCAGGGUCCGAUCCUCUUCAUUAUAGGGGAGGAUGACGAAUGCUUCAAUAGCAGAGAGUACGCUGAGCAAGCCCUGGACCAGCUGCGGAGGCACGGCCGAAGCAGCGGAAGGCUGCUGCUCUACCCCGGGGCGGGCCACCUCAUAGAGCCGCCCUAUUCGCCCCUGUGCUAUGCGUCCUGGAGCCGCGGCCUUUUCUGCCCCCUGCUCUGGGGGGGGGACCCUGCUGGCCACGCGGCAGCCCAGGAGCACGCCUGGGGAGAGAUCCAGAAAUUCUUCAGGCAACACCUUGUUCAGAGCAGAAGCACACUCUAAGGGUGAUGAUAGGGGAGGGGAGACAAAAAAAUUGGAUAAGGCAGGGAUGUGGGUGGGGGAGGGGACUCCUGAUUUCUCUAGAUUCACAGUCGUCUUGAACCAACUGGAAGGAAAUGGGACAAAGUCAAAGAAUCAGGUGCAUCUGAAAUAUUUCUAACAAAAUUGUAUGUGCUUUGAAUUUUUGUAAAUUGAAUCUUGGUUUAUAUGCACCAGGGUACGUUGCUAUUUCAAAAUUGUGAUACCCUUGCAAAUUGAAUAACCUUUUGUACCCCAGUAAGGGAAACCUUGGAUCCAGGUAUUGCCAAUCUAGAUGAACGUCCUGGAACUUUGCAGUCACUUGUGAAAUCAUUUUCUGUUUAAACCAUUGUGAGUUGAAUUUGACAUUUGAUAUGAAAAGUUCUGAUGCCACCAUCAAGGGUAAUCCUUGCUAGAGAUUUCCAAUAGAUACGUUAAUUCUUUUUUAGAAUAGUGACACUUCUUUUUAUUCCUAAAAUGUAUUUCUUUUUUAUAAUUUUAAUCAGGAGUGGGGCUAAAUGCUCAAGUGCCUUUGGAGCACUUAGUGAAAUUAAAUAAGCUAUAUUUAAAGUGAUUAGAAGAGAGCCGGGCACAUAGCAAUUUCUAUAUCAGAGUUAGCUAUUAUCAUUUUCAUGAUGCUUUUCUCCUUUAAUCUGUUAAUGUGGUGAAUUGCAUUCAUUAAUGGACUAAUUUUGCUUAUUCAUCUAAUUCUACUACAUCAGUUUCUCAUAUUGACUAGUUUGGGCUUUAAAAUUUCUUUUGAAGCCAACCUAGUCAUUUAUAUUUUCUCAGAAUUUCACCCCUAUUUUCUGGAACACAUUUUUCUCUUAUAAUUUUUUACAUAUCCCCUGUUGUUUAUUUGCAUGCUUUCUCCUUUUCCUUUCAGUCUGACUUGCUAAAUAUUUGUCUAUUUUAUUAAUCUUUUCUUAGAAUAGCUUUUGGGUUGUUUAUUGGUCAAAUGUAAUUUUUCCUGAUUCAUCAGUGUAUGCUUCUUUGAAAUAAGUUCAUUCCUUCUGCCAUAUUCGUGUUUUCCUGGCUUUUUGACAUGCAGUGUUCUCAUUUUGUUAAUGUCUCAAUAGUUUCUGAUUUACUUCCUCCCUCCCCCCACCCUUAAACCCAAGAGUAAUUUUACCAAAGUACAAAGUAUCAUCCUGUAGAUAACUUGCUGGUUAUAAGGAACCUCACUUUGCAAUGGAGGGGUCAGAUUGUCUCCACCUGAACCCACUGAUCAAACUUAGCAUCUCUAAAAAUGGUCUAUUUGACAUGUUGUGUUUCAUGACAAGAUGUAAUGUGGAGUGCCCAGCAUUACUUAGAACUAUUUCUAACAACACUGUUCAACUUGAAGCUAAUCAAGCCCUUAGAUCAAACUUCUUACUAAUGUGGUAGUUAGUGAGCAAGUUAAAUGGUACUACAAGGAGACAAACAUAGAUUGUCCAUCAUUCUAUAACCUGGUCUCUUCACAAGUUAAUUACCAACUGACCUUGUCUCUUUUCACAAGUUAAUUGCAUGAAAAAAUUUGGAAUUUUUCACUUUGUGGGAUUUUGCUUUCCUUUUUGCAUUGGAGUGAGCUGGGGGAUUGUUCAAAAUUAAAAGGGACUUAAGAGGCAUAUCAACCAAAUGCUAUGUGUGGGCCUGGUUUGAACAAAGUAACUGUAAAAAGACAUUUGGGGGAUAAUUAGAGAAAUCUGAAUAUGACUGGAUAAAUCUGGAUAUGACUGGAAUAUGACUGGAUAUGAAAUUGUUAUCUUGUUAGGGGUCAAAAUGGUAUUGGGGUUAUGUAAAAAAGUAACUUUUUAGAGAUGCAUACUGACAUAUUUAGAGGUGAAGCGUUGCAGUAUCUGGGAAUUGUUUUAAAAUACUACAGGAAUAUGGCAAAUGUGAAAAAUUAUUAUAUCUAGAUGAUCGGUAUAGUGAAAUUUGUUUUCUCUACUUUUAUGUAUGCUUGCAAAUUUUUCAUAAUAAAAAAAAAGAG